GUCCCGUAUAAAAGAUCUGAGUUUCAAGGCAUCGUUGAGGAGUUCAUCCACUUCUCGAUGUACAAGUCUCACGUCUCGUCUCCGCUGCAGAAGUUUACGAUGUUUCGUGAUUUCAUGCAUCAGUCGGUCGACUUCGGACUGCAACAGUGCGACUCCAUGUUGAAGAACGAGCAGCUCAUGGCGACUCUGCGCGACUCUGCGUUCGACGCCGUCCUCCUGGACCCGAUGAUCAUGUGCGCCGACCUGGUGGCCGACGUGCUCGGCCUGCCGUUCGUCGUCUCGCUGAGAUUCUCGUUCGGCGGCGUCCUGGAGCGACAGUGCGGCCACUCGCCGGCGCCGCUGUCCUACGUUCCGGUGUCUCCGCUGACGUACGGCGACCGCAUGACGUUCGUGGAGCGGUUGAUCAACAUGCUGACGUACGUUUGGAUCUCAGCGUUCCGCGAAGUGUUCUUGGGGCGGCCGCUGGAUAAGUACUGCAGUGAGGUGAAAGGAGGUCCCAGCAGCUUCUGCACGACUCUGGGGAAAGCCGACAUCUGGCUCAUCAGAUCCUUCUGGUACCUUGAGACGCUGCGACCGAUCCCGCCGAACUUCAAAUACGUGGGCGGUCUGCACUGCAAACCGGCCAAUCAGCUGCCAGAGGACCUGGAGGCCUUCGUGCAGAGUUCGGGCGACGCCGGCGUGGUGGUGGUGGUUUCCUUCGGCUCCAUGGUAACCAAUCUGACGGCAGAGCGCGCUGACGUCAUCGCCGCCGCCUUCGGACGGAUCCCGCAGAAGGUCGUUUGGAGGUUCAGAGGAAAAGCUCCGAAAACUUUGGCAGCGAACACAAAGCUCUCUGAUUGGAUCCCUCAGAACAACCUGCUGGGUACACACACACAUAUAUAUAUGCAUACCUAUCGUUUUCUUUUUUACAAAGGUGGAUUUUAA